AUGGCCAUUUAUAGAAUCAACACCUUAAACGUUUUCAUUCUCAUAAUACACUCCUCCUCACUCAUUCCGUAUUUUUUCCAUCAUUGUAUUGCUCGGCCUCUAUACCAUGGGGCCCCCUUAACUUGGGAGAACACUAGAGCUCCUCUAACCGAUGCCGAGAUGGAUGAGGUCCUGAAUUUUGAUUGUAAUGAUCUUCCUAUGUUUUUCGAUUCCGAUAAUCUUUCUGGGCUGGCAGUGCCAGAACCAACCAAACACAGCUUCCCCAAUGACCAACUCUAUCCCUUGCCAUCGUCACUAGAUCCACAUCAAUUACCUACCGAUUUUUACCAGUAUGUCUACGACUCUGCACCCUCAUUAAGCGGAAUUGAAACUCCUAACGAUUUGUACCCACGCGACUCCAACACUUACGAAGCUACAUCGAUACCCUCGGCAAAAUCGCCGAAUUGUAAUGAGUCUAACAAUGUAUCUCAACAUGGGCCCAGCCAACCCAACGACGGCUUGCCUUUCUCGCAAUUGCAGGAUGCACUUGAAGGUUUCAGGCGUAUCCCCAUCACUUUACCUGACUAUGAGCGUUGUUUGAAGGAGCAUGGUUAUUCAUCCUCGAAACUUGGCAGUCUGCCACUCAAAUGGAUACAUCCGCUAUCAAACCACGACCAGUCAGUUCAGGGUAAGUUGUUUUCGAAUCAAAAUGCUGAACAAUUUGGGUACCCAUCGAGUGAGUAG